AUGGUAACACGCUGGGAUGUGCUGGCUUUGCAGCAGGAGCCUGAGGUCGGUCCCACCAUGGUGGGAGACGAGCACUCGGACCCCAACCUGAUGAGCUUCCUGGGGGCCACCAAGAGGAACAUGAUAGGGAACCACUUCUGGGAGUACUACGUGAACGAGGCCCCGCGGCUGGUGCUGAACAAGCUGGAGAGCUGCAGCUACCGGGUGGUCAGCAUGACGGGCGUGGGGCAGACCCUGGUCUGGUGCCUCCACAAGGAAUAG